AUGACGACGACCGCACAACUAGAUUGUUUUCGUUCUACUCUCCACUCUAUCUACACAUCUAUCUCGGACUUUCGUUUUACCCCCUCCCAACCACACAUACUAGACUCCUCAACCGAUGCGCUCCUCGAUGCAGAGCAAUCCGGUGAGCUGCUACCUGGUCUCAAGCAACUCAGGGACUCGGUUAAAAUCGACCUUGAUGCGCUCGAGCGGUUUCUGGAACAUCCCUCACGCGAAAGCUUGCCUCCACUCUCCACAAAUGCACCAUACUUGAUCGCUGUGUGGAAUGAAAUCACACGCGCUCCGCCACCUCUGGUGUCUGUCAUGAAGGCUUUUGCCGGCCUGCCCUCAGCGCUUGACAAGAAAUCGAAGACUACACCCAACCUGGUGAAGGUCGAUGUGGUGGCCGACGGAGGUUGUCGCUGGAUUCGUGUGAAUACAAUUAAAAAUUCUCGUAUACUCUUCGAGUUUUGUGAAAUGGACUCGUACCUCACGGAUUCCGACUCUGAAGACGAUCAAACCCCUUCCCUUGCGCAAACAGAAUUCGAUAACUCCAUUAUCCGAAUGGCCCGUAGCCUUUUGGCAGCAGCCAACACAAACCUGAUCGAUUCCGCUCCGCCUUCCAUCACUCUUUGUCUCACCCGGCUCGAGCCAGAAGGAAGCGACCCCCGGAUAGCACAGACUGUUUCGGUCAUACGCGACAUGGGAAUUGAGGUACUGCUAGGGGAACGAGAUGCCGGUAUUGUUCCUUCAAUUGCGCCAACUCCAACCAUCCACCUAAGCCCAACAAUAAAUGUCAAUCUAGAUCUUUCGGUGCUCAUUGCCUUUGUCUCUGAUCUUACGCAUUCGCCACUCCCAACGUCUGUCGAAGAAGCUCAAGCCCGUUUCCUUACCCCGCGUCCAUCGGAGAGGGAGAGUGAACCGACGGUGCAAUCGAGAGCGUUAACCAAUCAAAUCAUGCAGGAGAUGCUGCAGGAAAUGGGAAGAGGUGGCAUGUUUCAGGAGUUGCACCAUAGGCUGCAAGGGCCAUUUAAGUUGUGGACGACCUCAGAAGCACGUGACCGAUUUAUUCGUAUCGUUGCCAAGAUUGGCGGUCCAGGCGAAAAGAAGCGCGCCGCUGUCCUGUUUGCCGCGCCAGAACUUACUCGAGAAGAGGCAGAGGAGAGGUUUUGGGAAGGCUCGCGUUUUCAGUGCGGGUUUAUUCCUUGUUUGCCGAUAAACGUCUAUUCUGACGACACCAUCUCGUCGCCUCCGAGUCUCAAUCGUUCAUCGUUCUUUGUGGCAAUGGAGAAAACGUGUGUCGAAAUUCUCGCACUAGGCCUGGCGCAUCAGUCGUCUCCCCUAAAUGCAGUGAAGAAGAAAACGAAGGCCGAUGCGAAGUUCAGCAACAACGGAUUCCUGCGUAAUCCAUCCAGCGAACGGGCCAUUCCGACCAAGGCCAACGCGAAACUAACUGAACAUACUGUGCACAGUAUGUGGUGUGGAGCUCUCCGCGGAUGGACUACGCUUACGGCUAACCGAUCGAGUGUUAAAGCGCUUUUGCGGGAGUUGAGAGUAUUACGACCAGGCUAUGGUGGUGUGCCUGAGGGAGGACAGCAAGAUGCUGUCGUUUGGAUCGUCGAUCCACGAAGUCUGGCAGAGAGUACGAGAGCGCGCGUUAACUUACAGGCAGGGAACACGCAUCCGGCCUCGUGA